AUGAUUAAUGUUGGAGUCGCGACUUCUUCGAGAAGCGCGUCUCGAAGUCUUGGCAUGCAGGGUUCACAUCACCUCACCACUUCAUAUCUGCAUCGACAAUUCUUCGAAAACGCUGCCACGGAGCUUGUGGACGAGAGCAAGAAAGAGAGCUAUAGGCCACGGUCCAUAUAUGAUGAUGUGCCACCUGCACCGCUCCAAGUGCUCAGCAAGAACAAUCAUGGACCAUCUCUUCUUACUCAUCAGAGCACACAUACAGCUGCCAUCGCCAUCAAUCUUCGGCGCCGCAUCCGACCAGCCUUGGCUCAGGUACGAAAGCUCAGAACCACUUCGAUGUCCCAUGCUUUGACUUGCUCUGACAUGAUUUCACCUCAACGGCCCUGCAUGACCAAUGGCCAUGCAAUCAGACUCACUUCGAACCGCAUGCCUGACUGCAGUGAGUUGCACCGUGUAAGUGAGCUUGUCCGCUACGUUUGUCUUCAGUGGAUAUCCAUCCUUCCGACUUGCACUUGUUGCAACGGUCAACACCACUUCACAACAUCGACCAACCGCAACCGCUCUGCCACUGAACAACAAUUCGGUCGCAGAUCCAAGGAAGGCAGAACGUUGAAGAUGCCGCCAAAAGGUUCAACCAAGGCAAAGGCGGAGGACAAGCCUCCAGCCACGCCGGAAAAGCCCAAGGCGAAGGCUGAGACGGCUACUCCCAGCAAGACCCCAACGAAGACCCCAACGAAGCGCGCCACUAGUCAGAGUGUCGAAUUCAAAUCGCUCCCCAAGGACACAGCUGGACCUCUGGUACCCAUCGACGUCAGCUACGAGGGUAACAACCCACAAGCCAUACUACGCACAAAAGGCAUUCCGUAUGGCAAGAUUCUCAAACUGACCGCAGAAAAUGCGUUCACACUCGAGAAGUCGGUCAUGCUCACCGAUGGUGAGUACGCUGGUCAUCAAGCAAUCAUCGUACGCCCAGCCAAGCCAUUUGACUUCAUGAGUAUUUCCGUCGAGGCACGCAAUCUGGUUUACCGCUACUAUUUCGCCGCCAAAGCCCUCGUCAACGGCUCCAUCAUCAUCGACGGCAAGCGCCAAACGACUAAAGAGCCAUUCGCCAAAGCCUUUGCCGAUGGCUCCAAGCAGCGCUCCCACCCUUUCGCUCACCACACCACACCAAACCCAUUAACCCCUCACAGGUCCACAAGGAAGCCCUCCAAAUCUUCAACGCCCGCCCCCUCCGCUUCGACACAACCCAAACAACCCCAUCUCCGCAACACCGUCACCAACAUCGAGAUAAAAACCUACCAAAAAACCUCCGCGCGCAACGCCCUCCACUACCUCAGCGAAGUCACAACCCUCACUCGCCUGCACUUCGAAACCGGAGUUUUCGCCGAAGGAGACCCAAUAAAAGCCGCCAAAGCAUUCUGGAACGACGGCUACAAAUUCCUGCAAGCCGUCGUAAACCGCCGCGAAGACAAGGAUAAGACGAAAGCCGUAGAUGUCCUGUCAUUCCACAAGAACGCCUUCCUCCUCAAAGACGACAGUAAGAAAGAUGCUAAAGCUACGAAGCCGUGGCCGGAAACUAUGUUCGUUCCACCGACCCCCUCCCUCUCCUUAUUGCAUUUGCUGAUUGAAAUUGACACUCACUCUCAGAACCAAUUCUCUUCGAGCUUGGACGUGCAUUUGUGGGGAGACGGAUGUCAUGAAUUACAAGCAGAAGCAAAAGGAUACGGAGAGUUGGGUGCAUUUGCAGCAUGGAGGGGCGGCGAUGUUUGCUGCGCUUCCGACGGUUGA